AUGACUCUUCUUGAAGAGGAACUUGAGCGAGCUGAAGAACGUUUGAAGAUUGCCACUGAAAAACUUGAAGAGGCCACUCACAAUGUCGACGAAUCCGAGCGUGCUCGCAAGUCAAUGGAGACACGUUCGCAACAGGAUGAGGAACGCGCGAACUUCCUCGAAACUCAGGUCGAUGAGGCCAAAGUGAUUGCUGAAGACGCUGACCGCAAAUAUGAAGAGGUCCGCAAUUACCGCAACCGCCACCCUCUGCGGUUUCGAGCACGAAAAUCGUUGGAGAAUCGAGUGGAUGUGGACGAAGAUCGAUGUGCCGAGCUUGAAACAAAACUACGUGAAGCUCAAGCUCUACUGCAUGAAACUGAAAGCAAGAGUGAAGAGGUAUACAUAUCUACCCCAUACUAA